GCCACACCUCUGCCAUACCAAGUUGCCAAGUAAGCAUCCAUCAUAUCAGUUGAUGAUUGGCCCAUGUAUAACAGCCUCAUACAAGAUAUCUCUUGGCAGGGGCUAUCAACUAUAAUUUAGAGAAUUGGAGCCUAAACGUUGUGUCAAAAAAGCUUGAGCUGAGAGAUAAGAGAAAGCACUGAAAACGCAAAACCAUGGCCUCUGCUUCUCUCCUCAAGACUUCACCAGUUUUAGACAAGUCUGAGUGGGUUAAGGGUCACACCCUUCGCCAACCUUCCACUUCUGCGGUGAGGUGCCACCCUGUUGCACCCUCUGGACUAACUGUGCGUGCAAGCUCAUAUGCCGAUGAGCUUGUCAAGACUGCUAAAGCUAUUGCUUCUCCUGGCCGUGGAAUUUUGGCCAUGGAUGAGUCCAACGCUACCUGUGGGAAACGUUUGGCCUCAAUCGGGCUAGAAAACACAGAGGCUAACCGCCAAGCCUACAGGACGUUGCUUGUUUCAGCUCCUGGCCUUGGUCAGUACAUCUCAGGUGCCAUCCUCUUUGAGGAAACCCUCUAUCAAACCACAAUUGAUGGCAAGAAGAUGGUUGAUGUUCUUGUUGAGCAGAACAUAGUCCCCGGUAUCAAGGUCGACAAGGGUCUUGUUCCACUGGCUGGCUCAAACAACGAGUCAUGGUGCCAAGGUCUUGAUGGCCUCGCUCCACGUUCAGCUGCAUACUACCAACAAGGAGCUCGUUUUGCAAAAUGGCGUACUGUGGUAAGCAUUCCCAAUGGACCAACUGAACUUGCUGUGAAGGAAGCAGCCUGGGGACUCGCUCGCUAUGCCGCCAUCUCCCAGGACAAUGGAUUGGUUCCAAUUGUUGAGCCAGAGAUCUUGCUUGAUGGUGAUCACGGAAUUGACAGGACUUUCGAAGUAGCCAAAAAGGUAUGGGCUGAGGUUUUCUUCUAUCUUGCCCAGAACAAUGUGAUGUUUGAAGGUAUCCUCCUCAAGCCAAGUAUGGUCACUCCCGGUGCGGAGUGCAAGGACAGGGCUACUCCUCAACAAGUUGCUGAUUACACCCUCAGCCUCCUCCGCCAAAGAAUCCCUCCAGCUGUCCCUGGAAUCAUGUUUUUGUCUGGUGGGCAGUCUGAAGUUGAGGCUACCUUGAACUUGAAUGCAAUGAACCAAGCUCCAAACCCAUGGCAUGUGUCAUUCUCAUAUGCAAGAGCCCUUCAAAACACUUGCCUGAAGAAGUGGGGAGGCAGACCUGAGAAUGUGAAGGAUGCUCAGGAAGUGCUGCUCAUCCGAGCAAAGGCCAACUCUCUUGCUCAACUCGGAAAGUACACCGGCGAAGGAGAGUCAGAGGAGGCCAAGCAAGGAAUGUUUGUCAAGGGUUAUGUCUAUUAGCAUAUUUGUAUCUUCAACAACUCUAUGAAUUUCCUGCACUGAAAAUUUAAUUGAAAGAGCAGAACACUGAUCUUUCAUUAUAAA